CAUAUCGGGAUUAUUCACUUUGGUUAAGUGUUUGAGGGAGCAGCUGCACGUUGAUACGUUGAUGGAGUGUUUGAAAUCCCCUUUCCUCUACUUGACUCUACCUUCAAAACCCCAUUCCCUUAUGGAAAAGAAAAAGAAAAAGAGACCCCCUCCCCUUCUCAUUCGCUGCUCCAUCCAGCACGACCCGUGGUCCCCGAGUUUCGGUGACCCCACGCGGCCGAAGCCGCGAACGAGAAACCCAAAGACGCCUCUUUCCGACGACAACGCGCGGCGCAUCAUAAAGAAGAAGGCGGCGUACCAGAGCAUUCUGCGGCGGAACCAGGGCCCGCAGGCGCAGACGCCGAGGUGGAUAAAGAGAACCCCCGAGCAGAUGCUCCUGUACUUGCAAGAUGACCGCAAUGGUCACCUCUACGGCAAGCACGUCGUGGCCGCAAUAAAGAAAGUGCGCUCUCUCUCCCAGAAAGUUGACGGCGACUUCGACAUGAGGAUGGAAAUGACUUCCUUUGUCGGAAAACUCAGCUUCAAGGAGAUGUGCGUCGUGCUCAAGGAGCAAAAGGGGUGGAGGCAAGUCAGAGACUUCUUUUCUUGGAUGAAAUUGCAGCUGAGCUACAGACCAAGUGUAGUUGUCUACACAAUAGUAUUGCGCUUAUAUGGGCAAGUUGGAAAGCUGAAACUGGCAGAAGAGAUCUUCUUGGAGAUGCUCGAUAUGGAUUGUGAGCCAGAUGAAAUUGCUUGUGGUACAAUGCUUUGUUCGUAUGCCAGAUGGGGACGCCACAGGGCUAUGCUGUCUUUUUAUUCUGCUGUAAAAGAAAGGGGAACAAUUCUAUCUGUUGCUGUCUUCAACUUUAUGAUGUCUUCUUUGCAAAAGAAAUCACUCCAUAGAGAGGUUGUACAGAUGUGGAAGGAUAUGUUGGAAAAAGGGGUGAUACCUAAUAGUUUUACUUAUACAGUAUCCAUCAGCUCACUUGUCAAAGAAGGGCUGUAUGAAGAUGCUUUCAANACUUUUGAUGAGAUGAGGAGUAAUGGAGUUGUUCCUGAGGAGGUAACAUAUAAUCUGCUUAUAAAUUUAAGUGCUAAAAGUGGCAACAGAGAUGAAGUGCAAAGACUAUAUGAGGAUAUGAUUUUUCGAGGGAUAAUUCCUAGUCANUACACUUGUGCUUCACUUUUAUCUUUAUAUUACAAAUAUGAGGACUACCCUAGAGCCCUGUCCAUUUUUUCACAAAUGGUAAGCAACAAAAUUCCUGCUGAUGAAGUCAUAUAUGGUUUACUUAUAAGAAUUUAUGGAAAACUUGGCCUAUAUGAGGAUGCUCACAAAGCAUUUGAAGAGACAAAUCAGCGUGGUCAACUCACCAGUGAGAAAACAUAUUUGGCAAUGGCUCAAGUCCAUCUUACUUCAGGAAAUGUAGACAAAGCCUUACAAGUUAUUGAACUCAUGAAGUCUAGCAACAUAUGGUUCUCUCGAUUUGCAUAUAUUGUGCUGCUGCAGUGCUAUGUGAUGAAAGAAGAUGUAGUAUCUGCUGAAGGAACAUUUCUAGCUCUCUCCAAAACAGGUCCACCUGAUGCUGGUUCCUGUAAUGAUAUGCUCAGUUUGUAUGUGGGUCUUAAUUUGAUGAAUAAGGCGAAGGAGUUCAUUAUCCAAAUAAGGGAGGAUGGNAUGGUUUUUGACAAGGAGCUUUAUAGAACAGUUAUGAAGGUUUACUGUAAGGAGGGCAUGCUGCCUGAAGCGGAGCAGUUGACAAAUCAGAUGGUUGAGAAUGAAUCUUUUCAAAGUGAUAAAUUCUUUAAGACAUUUUAUUGGAUUCUCUGUGAAGAUAAGGGGGAUGCACAAUCUAAUGAUGAACUUGUGGCCAUUGAGCCCAUUGACAAANUUGAUGNCACAGCUCUUGGGCUGAUGCUCAGUUUAUUUCUGAAAAAUGACAACUUCAGCGGNACAAAAUUAUUACUAAAACUGUUGUUGGGUUAUGCUGCUGGGGGAUCAAAAGUUGUUAGUCAACUCAUCAUCAAUUUGUGUAAAGAAGGAGAAAUCAGUAAAGCAGAAUUGCUUAAUGAUCAAUUGAUUAAGCUUCGCUGCAGAAUGGAAGAAGCCACUGUAGCAUCUCUAAUUAGCCAUUAUGGCAAACGACAAAUGCUGAAACAAGCUGAAGAUAUGUUUGCGGAAUAUGUAAAUCCCUCCACAUCUAGUAAACUGCUGUAUAACUCUAUGAUCAAUGCAUAUGCUAAAUGUGGUAAACAAGAGAAAGCAUAUUUGCUAUACAAGCAAGUGACUGAGGAAGGACAUGAUCUAGGCGCUGUUGGAAUGAGCAUUGCUGUAAAUUCUUUGACCAAUGGAGGAAAACAUCUGGAGGCUGAGAAUUUUAUCUAUAGCAGUCUUAAAGACAACCUGGAGCUUGACACUGUGGCUUACAACACCUUUAUCAAGGCCAUGCUUGAAGCAGACAAAUUGCAAUUUGCAUCCAGUAUUUUUGACCGCAUGAAUUCCUCUGGUGUUGCUCCAUCAAUUGAAACAUUCAACACAAUGAUAAGUGUCUAUGGACAAGAUCAGAAGUUGGAUAGAGCAGUAGAGAUGUUCAACAAAGCUAGCUCAUUUGAUGUCCCGCUGGAUGAAAAAACAUACAUGAAUUUGAUAGGCUAUUAUGGGAAAGCUGGUAUGAUUUUUGAAGCUUCCCAGUUGUUCAGUAGAAUGCAGAAAGAAGGUAUCAAGCCUGGAAAGAUAAGUUACAAUAUCAUGAUCAAUGUAUAUGCUAGUGCCGGAGAUCUUCGCCAAACAGAUAAAAUUUUCCAGGCCAUGCAGAGGCAAGGUUGUUUGCCUGAUUCUUUCACUUAUCUUUCCCUUAUCCAAGGGUACACGAGGAAUAGGAACUAUCAUAAAGCUGAAGAAACUUUACAUGCUAUGCAGAGUAAAGGCAUUCCACCAUCUUGUGUCCAUUUUAAUAUUUUGCUUAACGCUUUCACAAAAGCUGGGUUGAUUGAGGAAGCGAAGAGGGUUUAUGAUGAGCUAUCAACUUUUGGUUUAGUUCCUGAUCUAGUAUGUUACCGUACAAUGCUAAAUGGUUACCUGAAAUAUGGAUAUGUGGAAGAGGGAAUAAACUUUUUUGAAAGUAUACACGAGUCAACAAAAGGAGACAGGUUUAUCACGAGUGCAGCUGUGCAUUUUUACAGAUCUGCUGGAAAGGAAAGCAAAGCUAAAGAAAUAUUAAUUUCAAUGAACAACAAGGGGAUCCCAUUCCUGAAGAAUCUUGAAGUUGGAUCAGAAGAGAGAUUGAAAACUCCAUGAGAUACUUGUGUGUACUUUGAAAAGCGUUCUGAUGAUGGAAAAAAGAUGUUUAUAAAUCUAAUCAACCUGGUAAUGGUUAUUAUGCAUGCUGCAUGUAUGUUUUUACUGGCAACGAUGGUUGAAGUCUUGGUUCAGAUACAUUUACCAAGUUGUGAGGGGGACGUGACCCGCGUUUGUUGGAAUGCAAACUUUGCCUUUUGACUGCUCUUCCUGCCUAACUUCCUUUGAAACUGUAAGUUAAGCAAUCUGAUAAUGGAACAAAGAAUAAUUAAAACAUUUAAAUCGAAUCCACCUGGUAAUGGUUUUGUUGAUGCAAAUGUCUUUGCUGCAACGAUGAUAAGUACUUUUACCAAGUAAUGGGGGAACCUGAUCCAUGUCUGUUGCUAUGCAACCUUUGCCUUUUGACUGCUCUUCUUGCCGAACCUUCCUUUGAAAGGUGUAAGUCUAUCAGGUGGACUUAAAGAUAUUGUAGACUCCGGGCACAAAGAGUUUGUGGCGUUCUAUGUUCCUUCCAAGCCGUUUCUAUAACUGAUGAAAUGCCGGUAUUGAAGUGAUGAGACCCCAAGUUUAUGUGCGAAGACAGAAGAGUACAGAUAAGAAUAGGGAUCAUAUACACUUGUAGCUAACACAGUACAGUUGUAACUAACUAAACUGUGACUAGUAGAAUAAAUAGGAGGUUAGUUGGAGUGGCAAAGGGUUGUUGUAUUGUUGUACAUCAUAUACCCUUAAUACCAAUCUGGAGAAGGCUGCUGUUAUAAACUGUAUUUUUUUUCUGCUAGUAACGUCAAUCCCUAAAAUCUCUCCAAUUUUCAGUUGAUUCUAUCUUGAAUGAGGUAGCCAUUACUCUGGUUUCCAAAAUUUGAGCAGCAGGGAAUUAUGUGGAUGAAGCUCAACAGAAACCAGUUUUGAAGAUACCGACGUGGUUGAAGAACAAAAUUAAAGAUUGUGAAACCAGUUUUGAGGAUACCGACAAUGAGGUUGAAGAACAAAAUUAAAGAUUGUGAGGUUGACUUGUAUUGCGGUCUUGCAGAAACUACAGGUAUAAAAUAGAGCUUGAAAAUAUAAAGACAAAUGUUGGUAGAGAGCCCUCAUGGACUUGUCUAUUAGUUAUUUUAUACGGACAUAUUUAUCUUAUUUUGGAGGCUGCUGUAUUAUUGGAUGUUUACUCCUGUUUUAUAUAGAUUAUCACUUAAAAUGGAAGACUUCCCAACUACUACACUGUUUAGUCUUUUGUUUCUGGUAAUGUAUGUUUUAGAAUCUUAUUUUGGAGGCUGCUGUAUUAUUGGAUGUUUAAUCCUGUUAUUAAUGCUUAAAAGUAUUUUGUUUCUGGUAAUGAAUGUUUUAGAAU